GCUAUAUAUACUUAGCUUAGCCGAAGACCAAGCGAGUCUGCUCGCCUCGCGGCCAUGGUGCGCGAAGUCUCUGGGAUCCUGGUGAAAGGAGACCCAUCCAUCCUGACAUACAUCAAGUACAUUUGUCAGAAAGAGGCCCAUGCUGACGUGGAACACCUGGAUCAGCAGCAUGUCUUCUGUUCUGGCGGAGAGGAGGUGAGUGGCUGGCUCGAAGAGAAGAUCGAUGCCUUUGUUGCUCGCAAUAUGCUGGAGCCUCCCGAAGAUACCGCCACCUUCCAGGGCACUGCUUCGGCUCCAACGAAGGGCAAAGGAAAGCAGCGUGGGUUACCCUCCACUUCAAGCCACGGGUGUGUCCACAGAGGGCAGCAGUUGGUGCGAGGGCAGGGGCAGCAGGGGCAGGGGCUGUAGGCCGGGAUCGGUCUACAGAGGAGCGACCAAAGCAGCAAGACUCUGAUAACUCACGACUGCAAACCAUACCCCAG